UGCUACAUCAGAAAGUUAGUUUAUCACUCAACAGUUACAAGUACUACAACUGAAGUAGCGCUGAAUCUACGGUACUUGAAGGAGAGAGAGAGAGAGAGAGAGAGAGAGAGAGAGAGAGACCGGCUGCACGUAAUUCUGUAGUCAGUUUCAAUUCUAUCAUCAUACCGGUGGUGCACUUUCCGACUCGAAACUACCGGUACACCUCGCCUCAGCCCGGAUUGUAGCCGAUUAUUCCGAACUCUAGCAAAAUGGCCUCGCCGGCUGGGCCAGCUCAGGUCCCUAUCCGAAUGUAUCAUGUCACGAAUCAGCUUAGUCAGAACAGUGACGGAACCCCACCCACCUGGCCUGAACUGCGCCUGUGCUUUCCGAAUUGCAUGAACUUUGAUGGCGACCUGGCAGGACUUCCCGUGGUGUGCAUGACCACAACGUGUUACGAUACUAAAGACGCCUUGCCUACAACAUCGCCCUACCCUUGCAAAGCGAAGAGUGGGGUAUAUCACCACCGUGUCCACGUUCCGUUUCACCUGGAAUCCUAUCAUUUGUUCCUGCUCACAAAGUAUGACAGCAAACGCAGCGAAGACAGCAAAGACAGCGAAGACAGCGAACCUCCCGGCGGUCAGCGACAAGUACUUUGCUUACCCAAAAGUGAGGCUGACAUGUAUCUCCACGAGCGGGUUCUGUUAGUGCUGCUUCGAAUCAAAUACAAGGAACUAACCGCCGAGAACGACUAUAAAAUCAGCGACAAUGAAAGCCUCUUUCCUGUCGUCGAUGGCACUGGACCACCUCGUACUAAUACCAAGUGCUACAGAGCUAACGUAUACAAUUACCCUGGAGAGAAAAACUUUGUAAACGUCCACUUUGUGAGGCCAGUUUCCCUGUCCGUCGUCGCGGGCAAAAAUUGGGACACGGUGGAGCGCAGUGAUGCUGGAGUACCCGCCAAGGUGUAUACAAAGGGCACCACCUCACUACGAGAGUGUCUAGUGUCUUGGAUAUUGGAAGCGGCCAAAGACAAAGCUCUGAAAGCUAAGCGUGUCGACAUAAUGGAUGGUUUUCGGAAUGCUGUAUACCAGGUAUACACCGAGGAAAUUCCUCGAGAUACGCCGUGGAAGAAGUGGAAAGAGGUCAUCAAAGACCGCCUACUUGGUGACAAGGCCAUGUCGUCAGUGUUCCAUGACGAACAGCAGGAAGAUAGUCUCGCCGCUGCCUAACGCUGGCGUUAGUCACUUGGCGGUCAGCGAAAACAAAUGACGCACUCUGUGAUGAGUCACAGGUGGACGAGGCAGGCAUGCGUUGUGUUUGCAUGUGGACGAUUCCCAGGCAUGGUCCAAUCUGCAUUCCCUGGUCAGCGGCCCUGGUGGAGGCUGUUGUUACUUUUCAUUGCACUGUUGUUUGUGUUGCUUCUGCUGUCUUCUUUGUCACCUAGUAUCUACUACAUAAUUGUACUCUAGCAUCAAGACUAUGAAUGACGUCAUGUUUAAGCACUGGCCAGCCUUACCUUCUUGGAGUUUUGAGGGAGUUGGAGCUGCACCAGACUUACAUUUGUUGAUUCGUGCCUCCACUGGUCUUCUCAGUCUCACUGGGUACAGUAGGUACCUGUACUUGUGCAACUGUGUAGCCGUAUGCCCGGCUAACUUUUACUUGCAUCCACUGUGCCUCGCUGCGGCUUGUUUACAAAUUCUUCACAUUUCGCGCAUUCCAUUUCCUCCACAUGUACCCAUACCUGCCAACCCAGCCAAAGCAAAUCCCUUGCUGGCGUUAGUCACACACCCAGUUUCCCUUAAUUUUCUUAGAUUUUUCUCCCAUUUCCCUUAUUUUUCUGGUUUUCAUCCUACUGUUAGGUACCUCCUCCCGUACCUUUUCUAGCUGGCCUGCAUGCACUUACGUACUCACCUUUUGUCUCCUUUUGCUCCGUUGGCCUGGGUAGCUACUUGCGCGCCCAUAUUUGCCAUAGCUACUAGGCUUUUCCACAUUAUGUUUUGCAUAAUUUUUGCAUCUUGGGGGUAAAAAUGAAUCCCCGUUGUAAAAAUGCAUCUUUCGUGAUUUUUACCAGAUUUUCUUCAAAAACAAAAAAAGUUUGUGUGGUUUUUGUCAGA